CGCUCCCGUGGAGGAGGAGGAGGAGGAGGAGGAGGAAGGACGAUGCGCUGGGUCCGCCGCCGCCGUUGCUGCUGGAAACCGCUUCGCUUUCUGGGCCCGCUGCUGCUGCAGCUCGUCCUGUUUCCCAGCCCUGGGACCACUGCUGGUCGCAGCAGGUGUGACACCAUCUACAAGGGCUUUGCUGAGUGCCUCAUCAGCCUGGGGGAUAGCAUGGCCCAGGGUGAUCAGCCUGAGGGACUUAACCCCACACCGCCUGAGCUGGAUGCCAUCUGCAGUUCCUGGGACAACUUCCACGCCUGUGCCAUUGGGGUCCUGGCCAGCUGCCCCGAGGAGGCAGCAGCCAUCUGGAAAUCUCUUUGGCAGGAGUCACACAAGGUCCAGUACCAGGGCAACCUCCAUGACCUGUGCAGUGCCCGGGCCCAGCUCCCCAGCAGCGUGCGGGGUGUAGUAGGUGAUGAGACCAACCAGGAGACCCUGCGGGCUAUGGCUUCCACCUCCUCCUCCCCUGCCUCCAUCCUGCUGGCAGCUGCCCUGGCCCUUGCCUGGAUCAUAGGGCCUCUGGCCUAGCUGUCCCAUCCCUAUCCCCUCCGCUGCCUCACAUCUCAAGGAGAGGCUGGCAGGGAGGGGUUGGGGCAGUGAGGCUCUGUGGGGCUUCUGCAAGGGUGAGGUCUCAAGGUCCCCCUGCCCCCCCUCCCCCAAACUGGGGCUCCUGCUGUAUGUGCUGGGACUGGACAGGGGGGAACCUCCUGCCCUUCUCAGAGGCGAUCGCCUGUCCUGCCAGGCCCUAGCUGGAUCCCUCAGUCUAUAACCAUGUUCCUGUCACUGCCCACCUGGAGCAGAAGGCACUGCAUCCAGAACUCUGGAACUCCCACCCAAGACCCUGGGUUCUCUUCUAGGGAGGGAGUCGGGGAGAAAGCCCUCCCCAGUCUGCAGCUCAUUUCUCGUGUCCUGAAAAUGAGGCCUAGUAAGUAGUUGGGAGCGAGCCUAGGCUCCUUCCACCUGGAGCGAGAGGCUCCGCCCCCCCCC